CUGUCUAAUUUAUUAUACCCAUAGACCUUGGUCUAUAUACACCUAUAAUAGCUAAUAAGAUUACUUAAUCUCACUUAUACUGAUUUUAAUACCAUAUUCCUUACUUUGGUAUAACCUGACCCUGAGUAAUUAAAUUAAAUCCCCUUUUUCUUCUUGAGUUAGCAAUUGUUUUAGCAGGCAUAAAUCAUAGUCACUUAGUGGCAUUGAGGAUAAAACCGAAUUACUCGAUUGCUACCUCACAGUUCCUCUCAUAACCCGUAACGAUUCCCAUGAAGUUCGCUCAAGAAUUUAGGAAGUCUUUACAACAUGAAGGCUUCCCCCCAAAAUGGGUCGACUCAGCUGUCCCGUACGGUCAGCUCAAGAAAUGCAUCAAGAAGGUCACCAAUGAGCUCCAAGAACUUGGUCUAGACAAAGACACAUUAGCUCAAUUAACCGCCAAACAAAAAGAUCCAUCCGCCGUGGCCUUCCACUAUCAUCUAGAUGGCAAAGCUGCCGAUUCCAAGCACUUUCGCCCUAGGUUAACCUUCUUCAUCCAUCUUAAGGAUGGCGUGGCUAUAGAUGCAAAACUAACACCAUCUACGCGGGACUUCUUGAAAAAAAUCGCUUCGGAGGCAAAAGGAACACAGGACACGUUUGCGAAUGAAUCUGACCACGCUAAGCCUGUUUCUGAGCCUUGUAACUCUGCUCAUACCGCCUCGACUGAAGAAGAGCUUUUGUCGGUCCGGCAGGUCGAAGUACCCUUAGUCUUCGAUGGGGAAUUUUUCGAUAUUUUGCAGACCGAUGUCUCGAACCUAGACGCCCUGCAAGAAGAGGAACAGAGCAAGUUGGGGAAGGAGAUUACGCGGUUAGGUCAAGAGAUUGAUCAGGCCACAAAACCUUCAAAGGGCCGUAAAGCAAGAGGAGACCUAGAAACCUGGCGCAACAUUUUUGAACUUUACUUAGACGCCCGCAUAUUCUUCUCCACAAGAGAAAACGAUCAUGGUGCGAGGACAAGUACCCAGGCUGUUGAGCAACUCCGAUGGUUCCAAGACCAAGUGCUGUCGAGAAAAUUAAUUCACGGCCUCAAGCUGGAAAAUAGCCGGAAAGCCUAUACCAGGUUUCUCAACAUGAACGCUUUACUCCUACAGAUACUCAAAUUCCAAGAGAUCAACAAUUUAGCAGUGACAAAGAUACUAAAAAAAUUCGACAAGAGGACUUCGUUAGGCGUAUCUCGAGAGUUUCCUGUUACUAUUCGAUCUAAUCGCCUUUUAGCGGGGAGCGUAGCCAAGGAUUUAUGCGCCCAAAUGUCCAAUGACCUUAUAUCCGUUGUCCCGCAACUGGACGAUUAUCUUUGUCCCAUCUGCUUCGUUGUUGCGUACUGGCCGGUGCGGUUAGAAUGCCAGCAUGUAUUCUGCAGUCGGUGCCUGGUCAAGAUGUCACGAAAAGGGGAGAGGUUCUGUCCACUUUGCCGCGCAGACGUGAUCAUGAGAGCUGGCAUUGAAAACUUUGAUACUGACCGCGCUGCGUUUCUUCGCGAAUACUUCCCGAAGGAAGUUAAGGAGAAGAUACGGGCCAACGAACGUGAACGGAAUACGGAAAUAUUCGGGCCUUACUCGGAUUCAUCGUGUUCCGUAAUGUGACAAUCGUACAAUAAAUUUACAGGACAUACGCAUCUCAUUAAGGAACAGGCCA